AUGGCCGGCCCCUCAAAUGUUUCUAAUUCAAAUAUUGUUCCAAAAGACGAAACAGAGGACCAAGAGGGUAAAUUUCGCCCGGGGAAAAAUAGCAACGAUUCAAAAAAGGCCGAAAAUAAUGAUGACGACCCCAAUAAUGACUGGAGCGAGGGGGAGAAGGAUGAAGAUGAGAAAGAGAAUGAGGUAGGGCCAGAAGCAGGUUCGGAUCCGAGUACGGUCACCGCUGUAUUGCGUGUGCGGCCCAACCACGCUGAAGAUCCAGACCAAAAUCUAGAACAGACAAUUCUUAUCGCGCUACACCCCGACUUCCCGAGGUUAUCUGGAAAUUCGAAAACGCAAAAUGGCGACAAUAGGGAAAAAGAGUCUGAGGGCGCUGAGAAUGUCGAGAAUGUCGAGAAUGUCGAGAAUGUCGAGAAUACUGAGAAUACUGAGAAUACCGAGAAUACCGAGAAUACCGAGAAUGUUGAGAAUGAUGCUUCACGCAGGCGAGCAGCUAUAGUCUUUCACCUCUUUCACAAUGGGGAAUCGAUGCUUACAACAUCGUGGCGUACUACGUAUGAGGAUUAUAUUCCGCCGGAAACAGCAGACUGGGAGUGGCAGGUAGACGGCGAGGUUAGACUCACAGAGCUAUCUCCAAUACGUGGCAGCGCGUUACCGGAGGAGGGAGAGGGACGCCGGUUGUUAUCUCAGGAAUGGUUAACUAGGCGCUUUGAACCUGGCGCGCAUAUAGACAGGCCACAGCAGCCUCAGAAUCCUGUAGAGAACGUUCCUAUAACAGCUCAAGACCAACCCCGAGAAGACCAACCCCGAGACGAAAUUGGGCUUAUAGCUUUAAUGUGUAUUCUUUUAGGCAUAAUGUUGGUAUUUUGGUUUAGCUUUCUCCUUCCGAAAAUAUCAGCGGUGGAAAAAUGA